AUGUCUGACUGGGAUUCUACCACUAUGAUUGGAUCGAAAGUGAGAACUGGCGGUGGCGGCCCCAGACAGCAAGUGGCUCGUACUCAAGGUGAAAUCAACGCCGCAAGAAGAUCCGGAAACGUGCUCUCCGUCGACAAAAAGUACAGCUCCAGUAAUGCCAAAGGCAACAACGAGGGCCAAAGACUAACUAUGGUGGACCGCGAAACCGAUAUCGUUGUCCCCAAGAAGCUGGAUGCGUCCGUGGGCAAAGCAAUUGCCAAGGCCCGUGGCGACAAAGGCUUAACUCAAAAGGAUUUGGCCACCAAGAUCAACGAAAAGCCAACCGUCAUUAACGACUACGAAGCCGGUCGUGCUAUUCCAAACCAGCAGAUUUUGGCCAAGAUUGAACGUACCCUAGCCGUCAAGCUAAGGGGUAAGGGCAUCGGCGAGCCUUUGGGUCCCAAGAAGAAGGCCUAA